GUCCGACUUCUUCGAAUCAUAUAACUUUGCUUCGUUGACUCUGUUCUGUGCACAAUGAGCGGAGAGUACAUUGCCAAAAAAUUCAGCGUAAUUUCUGUUGGAGAAGAGGGGCGUAGAAGUACACGGGCUUCUGUCACAAAGGAUUCUGAGUUAGCUUAUGCGAGCAUUCCUACUCAGGUGGUACAAGAAGAUAUUGAGGCUGAAGAUGAUGAGGAAUAUGGAUUACAGCUUUUUGAGGACGAACAGAAAACGCUGACGCCAAUGAGCAAUUGGUUCAGUAAGUUGGCGGCCUACACCGGAGGAAUCGAACCGACCGUUGAUGAGACCAAACAGCUGCGAGAUAAACAGGCUAAGUCUAGUGAGCGCAAGCGAUUAGGUACAGUGCUGGGCGUGUUCCUGCCAUGUUGCCAGAACAUCUUCGGAAUUCUUCUAUUCGUUCGCGUGGGCUGGAUCACAGGAGUUGCAGGUGCUUUGCAAAGCUUCCUAAUUGUUUUCAUGUGCUGCUCUUGUACGAUGUUGACAGCCUUGAGUAUGUCUGCUAUUGCUACGAACGGGAAAGUGCCAGCCGGUGGAUCAUACUUUAUGAUUUCUCGCUCUAUCGGUCCGGAGUUUGGUGGUGCAGUCGGUUUGCUGUUCUAUCUGGGUACCACCAUUGCCUCAGCUAUGUAUCUUGUGGGCGCCGUAGAGGUUUUCCUGAAAUACAUGUGUCCUCAAGCCUCAUUGUUCGGUGAUAUCACUUCGGAUACCGUUUUGUUCAACAAUACUCGGAUUUAUGGCACAGUUCUGCUAAUUCUUGUCAUGUGCUGCGUUCUUCUCGGGAUCAAAUUUGUCAGCCGGUUUGCUGCCAUCGGGCUGGUUGCUGUCCUGUGUUCCAUUAUUUGUGUGUACCUCGGAGUUUUUAUAGUGAAUCCAGCACGCAGUCCAUACGUGUGCGCCCUCGGCGGUCGUCUUCUGUCUCAGGACUUUCUGCUAGUCAAUGGAACUUACGACUGCUCAAAAAAUGAGACAGGUCCAAUAUAUCAAGCCUACUGCGCCAAUCCGGAGACGGCAACCGAAGAGUCAUGCGCCUUUUUCCACAAUAGCAACUUAUCCUAUUAUCCAGCCAUGCCUGGGCUUAGAUCAACCAAAUUCUUCGAAAACUUUCUUCCCUCGUAUUACCGCAAAAAAGGUGAAGCUUACGACAAUAUACCGUUCCCUCCAAAAAGGGAGUAUGGUCAAGGACCGAAUGUUGCGGACGUAACAACUAGCUUCAUGAUCCUCCUAGCCAUCUAUUUCCCAUCAGUUACGGGCAUCAUGGCAGGAUCCAAUCGUUCGGGGGAUUUGGCGAACCCCCAGGUAUCUAUUCCUCUUGGAACAAUAACCGCCAUCGCUGUCACUUCGUUUUUCUAUUUAUCGGCCCCGCUGUUUUUCUCCGCUAUUUGCGAUGGAGCUGUGAUGCGAGACAAAUUCGGAGAAAGUUACGGUGGUGGUCUUUUAGUCGCGGCAUUUGCGUGGCCCCAUUAUUGGGUGGUUUUAGUUGGAACAUGCCUGUCCACCAUUGGGGCUGGACUUCAAUGCCUUACAGGUGCUCCACGGUUGUUACAAGCUAUUGCUCAGGACAACGUGAUGCCUAUGCUGAAUCUCUUUAAGGUCACAACUCGACGUGGGGAACCUCUAAGAGCUCAGCUACUGAGUUAUGGAAUCGCACAACUUGGGAUAUUAAUCGCAUCAAUCGACUCUUUGACGCCACUGAUUACGAUGUUUUUCCUGAUGUGCUACGGCUUUGUCAACCUGGCAACCAUGCUCAACGGAUUCCUGCGGGAACCUAGCUGGCGUCCAAGAUUUCGUCUAUUUCACUGGUUCCUAUCUCUUAUUGGGCUUGGCUUGUGUAUUGCGCUGAUGUUUAUAUCAAGUUGGUACUACACCAUCGUGGCUUGGGCGAUCGCCGGUGCUAUUUACAAAUACAUUGAAUAUCGAGGUGCCUCAAAGGAAUGGGGUGACGCGACUCGAGGAUUCCAGAUGUCCACAGCAACGCGAGCCAUUUUGAAACUGGGAAUCAAACCGAUCCACACAAAGAACUGGCGACCUCAGAUUUUGGUAUACUUGCCUGUGGAUGACAGCCUCCAGUUUCGUCAUCUCGGCCUGUUGGACUUGGUACAUCAGCUGAAGGCUGGUCAUGGUCUUACUUUGGUCGUUUGUAUUAUCGAGGGCGAUGUCGUCGAACGUCACGAAGAUGCUACUAAAGCGAAGAACACUUUGGCAGAGUUGAUCCAGCAACACCGUAUCAAAGGGUUACCAGAAGUGCUUGUGUCUUCCACUAUCAGCGAAGGGAUGAAGAACAUGGCUCAGUGUGCUGGGCUAGGAAACUUGCGUCAUAACACCUUAAUGGUCUCUUUUCCGGAGGAUUGGCGUGCGGACUGUGAACAAGGUGGCCGAAAACUGUCACAGUUUAUUUCCACCGUGAAAUCCGCACAAGCUUGCGACGUGGCCAUGCUUGUGGCCAAAGGCAUCGAUUCAUUCCCCAAGAGCAAGGCAGAACAGAUGGAGGGAAGUGUGGAUGUGUGGUGCAUUGUACAUGAUGGUGGCCUGCUCCUGCUAACUUCGUACCUACUUAUGCGCAAUCGAGUUUGGCGAAAGUGUGAUUUGCGAGUUUUUGUCGUCGCCAGUGAGGGCGAUGAUACGGUGAACCUGAAGAAGGACAUGACGAAGUUUAUGUACGAUCUGCGUAUCAACGCCACUGUGGAUGUUGUGGCCAUGAGUAAACUCAUACAUCUCACUAAUUUCCUCGUGUAUUUCCCAUUUAUUUCUCGACACCCGAACCAGAGCACCGCUGACAUCUCGGCCUAUGUUGCACAGCGUACCGCAAACAUCGAACAACGCCGAGAAAUGUUAAUGCAGAUGAAAUUAGCCAACACGGCGGCCCGCUACGAUCCACAGGUAAUUGUGGAUCAACAUCGCAAGUCGUUGUCGGGUGGCGAACCUGAAGACGCACGACUACCCAAUACAGGCAAAGAAGCCACUGUUCGGCCUGUUAAUGAACUACCCAAUAUCCCGAAGGUCGUCAUUGCACCGGACAGCAACGGUCCAUCAAAUGAAACGCAACCGGAGAGCGGGGUUGGUGAGACUCCUAAUGAUCGGCUGCGUGAUGAACUGUUGUCCAAUAUCCCACUUCUAUCUCAGGUCACUACUGGAGACGGUGUGAAAAACUCGCUUCAGUGUAGCGUGACAUUUGCUAGUGGUCCAGGACCCGCAGCUUCUGCCCGUGAACGCUUUUUGAAUGGAACAUCGGAAGGGGACAAAAAUUCAAGCCUUUUGAAUACGGAGCCAAAUCGUCAGUUGAAUGAGUUCACCUUCUCCCCUUCGCACCCUCUGGCGCGGAAGGUAGCUGAAGCAGCUGCUCUGACGGCGAAAACAAAUUUGGGCAACCAGACACCCGUAACGCCCACUACACCAGGAGGUGGUCCAAAACGAUCAAAGAUGGAACGUCGAAUGCAUAGCGCCGCUCGCCUAAACGAACUGUUGCGUACGCAUUCUAGUGACGCAGACCUCGUCAUAGUGAACAUGCCCACUCCCUCUCGUAGUCCCGGUAGCGAAUACUACUACAUGGACUACAUUGAAGCACUCACAGAAGGCCUCACACGUGUGCUGCUUGUUCGUGGUACCGGACGAGAAGUGAUUACUGCGUUUUCCGAGUAGCACUCGUAUCCGUUAUAACUCUUUCUAUCAGAUUCCAUCUUGAAGUAGAGAAUAUUUCACUGUAAAACUGUUUGUUCUAUCUGGUCUCUACAUUCCUCCGAUCCUGUCCACUCCCUACGCCUACAGAGCACACUUGUAGCCGCACCUAUCUUCUUAGUGGUAGUCAAUCGCUUUUCACGAAACAGUCCAUCCGAACAAUGAAUUGUUACAUCCGCUCACAUAAUCCCAAUGCGAUAUCCGUUUAGCCGUGCUCAACGCCCACUUCGGUCGCCUCAGUCGUGUGGCCCCAUCCUUAUCUAGAACUCGCACUCUCCACCCAACAACUAUCCAUGUUUUUGAUGUUGCCAUGUAAUCGUCCGUGAAAAUUUUCGCAUCAUUAUAAUAUUGCGCAGCUCAAGUCUUAUUGUUAUUUCUUCUUGUACAGACUUUAACCCUAUUGCUGUGUGCUGAGAUGCUGUCUUUGCUUCGUUUCACUCGACCAGAUGAUCUUCACUCUAGUCUCACUGACUACCCGAACUCUUAUUUUCUAAGUCAGCCGUCAAUCAUCCCGCUUCGUUUAGUAAACCAGCCGAAGUCGGUGUGUAAUGCGUAGAAAAACCAGAAGAAGUUGGUGUGUAAUCACAUGCAAAUUUCUAACUCAUCUGAUUUCGCAGUGAUAUUCUGAUCAACGUUUUUUUAUAUUGCCCUGAGCGUGUAGCUCCACAGCCCAGUAUUUCUUUCGUUUUGCUGUUGUGUGUUCGCCUACUUCAUUUGCUAUUUUCCGUCCACUGCUUGAGUUUAGUUUUUGAGGUCUCACUCUGCUCAGUACAUGCAACCCAUGUGGUCAAGAGCAGAACUUUUCUGUCAAGCUGUUUUGUUGAUCCUUCCGGUUACCUGCAGAUCUUGCCAACUCAUGUCUGUCAUUCGCUCUUCUUUUGCGCACCCGUCUGACACCUCCGUUCUGCUUCAACUCUACUACUGAGCAGGUGUUCACUUUCUGCAAGGAAAUGCCGCUGUACAACGAGUUGGCCUAUCUGUUAAACGAAAAUGCAAAAUAAAAUUGCUCAAUUGUUGUUGAGUGCACAGCUAUACUUGUAAAACGGUUUGUGAGCAUCACAUUUUGUGUCCCUUCCACUACGAGAGAGACUGACAUUCUUCAACCAACUUUUACUAGCAUACACUUCCACACGAUUCUUUAUCGUGCCUGUUAUUUGUUACGUCCAUUGUUCCCUCGUACACAAUGGGAACAGUACAUUCAAAAAUGUCUAUUUUGCAGCUCCAGCAAUAGCUGGGAAAAUAUCCCUAAAUUCCUAUGAAUGGCCUAGUAGCGGUCCCUCACCAUUUGAUAUCUCAUUUCACUAGUUUGCGCUUUACACCUAGUGUAUGUUUUUGUCCUUUUGAACAAUAGAAUAUCCGUUAUCC